AAAGUUCUAACGAAAAAGUCAACUUGCGAACAGUAGAGUUUUCGUUCAAGAGAAUAAAUAAAUAAAUCAGAAAGUGUAUAAAGAAAUCAAAUUUGAAAAAUGUGGCAUAAUCUUAUAACAAUUGCGCUGCUGGCGUUUACAAGUAUUUUGCCGAGUGGAAGUGAAGUUCGUGCUGCUACCACCAGCAGUCCAGUGAGCCAUAAUCGUCGCUUUCCCAACGACUUCUUUUGGGGCGUCGGCUCCUCGUCCUAUCAAAUCGAAGGCGGUUGGAAUGCCGAUGACAAGGGCGAGUCCAUCUGGGACUUUCUGACGCAUACACAUCCCGAGAAGAUUGUGGAUAAAUCAAAUGCCGAUAUCUCAUCGGACAGCUAUCAUCAGUGGCGACGAGAUGUUCAGAUGGUCAGGGAGCUGCACGUCACCUCGUACCGUUUCUCAUUGUCCUGGGCGCGCAUUAUGCCCGGAGGCUAUAUGAACCACGUCAGCACAGCGGGCAUCAAGUAUUAUAGUAAUCUGAUCGAUGAGUUGCUGCGCUUUAAUAUCACGCCAAUGGUGACCAUGUAUCAUUGGGAGCUGCCGCAACGGCUGCAGGAGCUGGGCGGCUGGACCAAUCCAGAAAUCAUACCGCUGUUCAAGGACUAUGCGCGUCUGGUGCUGGAAAUGUAUGGAGAUCGCGUUAAACUCUGGACGACCAUUAACGAGCCCUGGCAUGUGUGCGAGCACGGCUAUGGGGUUGACUAUAUGGCGCCCUCCUACAAUUAUCCCGGCAUACCGGCCUAUCUGUGCGGUCACAAUCUGCUGAAGGCCCAUGCUGAAGUCUAUCACAUGUACAAGGAGCAUUAUCAGCAGCGUCAAGGCGGUCGCAUGGGCAUUACGUUAGACACAAGUUGGCCAGAGCCACGCAGCGAUUCCGACGAGGAUCAUGAAGCCUCCGAACGUGCCAUGCAAUUCUAUGUGGGCUGGUUUGGACAUCCCAUAUUCUCGAAGAAGGGCAACUAUCCUAAGGUGAUGAUCGAACGCAUUCGCAAUCUGAGUAAGGAGCAGGGCUUUACACGCUCCCGUCUGCCCGAGUUCACGACAGCAGAAAUUCAUCGUAUACGCGGCACUUCGGACUUUUUCGGCAUCAACUCGUAUACCUCGAACCUGGUGGUACCCAAUGAUCACAACAAUACGGGCAAGUUCCCAGUGCCGUCCUUCAAUCACGAUAUGGGCGUCAUCGAGAGCCAGGCUGAGGUGGACUGGCCCUCUUCGGGCUCGGAGUGGCUGAAGGUCUUUCCCAAGGGCAUGUACAAACUGCUGAUGUGGAUACAUCGGGAAUACGAUGCACCCGAGAUAAUCGUAACAGAAAAUGGUGUCAGCGAUCGCGGAGGUCUCGAGGACUAUCCCCGCGUAGACUACUAUAAUCUCUAUCUAUCAGCCGUGCUGGAUGCUAUAGAGGAUGGCGCCAAUGUCAGUGGCUAUGUGGCCUGGAGCCUGAUGGACAGUUAUGAGUGGAAGGCUGGCUUCACAGAGAAGUUCGGUCUCUAUCAUGUGGACUUCAGUUCGCCACAACGCACACGCACACCCAAAAUAUCGGCGCAUGUCUUUGCCCAUAUAUGCAAAACCAAUACCAUAGAUUGGAGCUAUAGACCCAGUCUGGAUGAGCAGCAGCUUGUGGUGAUGGCGCGUCUUCCAGAAAUGGAGGCAAAUGCCGCCUCUGGGGCGCCUUUCUUCAGCUGGGCGUUGGCAUUGUCCCUCAUCCUAGGUCUUUGCGCACGCCAUUAGCGAUAUAGCCAUACUACCUAACUCUUCAUGUGUGCUCUUUCUCUACAUAUUGUUGCAAAGUAUUUUUAACUCGUAGUUAAUAAGUCGCCUAACAAAAUGUACCUACAAAUUACUUAAGAACAAGACUCAAACUGAAUAAAAUAGAUGUGAUAUUUGCGAAA